AUGCGUCGCCAUGGUAGGUCGGCCGGGGGUCCGACUAAGGCUGUCACGCCUAUGUCCGAUAACCUGUCCCUUAUCCAUUCCUUCGACUCGGUCAUGAACCCGAACCGACCCGUGCGCCCCUCGCCCUUAGCCUCCUCCCACAUUAAAGCGCUGCCGCUCGAGCUUGUCGAUCGUCUGCGCUCCUUUCCCCUCUUCCAGGCCACACCCGAAUCCUUCUUGAUCGAAGUUGGCCAACACCUACGCCCGCAGCUCCACGCCCCAAAUGAUUAUAUUCUGACUGAAGGCGAUGAUGCAAGAGCAAUCUACUGGUUGGUGCGCGGCGCCGUCUCCGUCACAUCGCGUGAUGGUGAAAGUAUAUACGCCGAGUUAGAACCAGGUUCUUUCUUUGGAGAAAUUGGAGUGCUAAUGGAUCGGCCGCGCACCGCAACCAUUAUUGCACGCACCCGAUGCAUGCUGGUCGUGCUCUCCAAGGAAGACUUUCGCAACAUCCUUCCGCGCUUUCCGGAUGUUGAGCGCGCGAUCAUGGAAGAAGCCCAGGAGCGAUUGAUGAUUCUGGAGAAAAAGAAAAAAGAGACCUCGGCUCCCGUCGUGGACGACGAACCUAGUCCCAGUCCAGUACGAAGAGGCUCAAAACGAUUACGCGAAAGCUUUUCCAAAGAUCACAUUGUUGCGGAAGAUGAAGACCUGAGUCUCAAGUCUGUCUAUAAAAAACGAAAAUCACCUAGCCCAGGGCGACGAGAUGCAGCCAGUGCACUAGCCAAUGGACUGGUGAACGUUCGUCUACUCCUCAAAGAACUACCGCUCUUCUCCGGGUUACCUGCGGAUAUCCUUCAUUUCUUGGGCUUAAACGCCCAGCCAGCCUCAUUUCAUCCAUUCACCGAUAUUAUCAAGCAGGACUCCCAAGGCCGCGAGCUCUAUUUCAUCGUUCGUGGUGAAGUUGAGGUUGUGGCCGAAAAGCGUGAGGCAAACAAUGAAAGCCAUGGCAAGCCCAAUGGAGUUGAUCACGGCGGUGUGGAAAUCAAAGCUAGACUCAAGCAGGGGCAGUACUUCGGAGAAGUGGUCAGCCUGGCACUAGCGCCGCGAAGGACAGCAACUGUUCGAUCUGUCACAUCGGUAGAAUGUCUCAUGCUAAGCGGGGAUGUGCUUUCUAAAUUCUGGGAGAUGUGUCCUAAGGAUAUACGAGAGCAAGUGGAGCGUACCGCCCAAGAAAGGCUACAGGCGGCUUCCGAUGGCGAUGUAGUCAUGACGGAUGCCUCAGAAGAGCACCCUCCAAUGGGUGACUUGAAUAUCGAAGAUCGUGUGAAAAUAACUGCGGCUCGGAGAAAGUCUAUGCCUCUAUUGACAUUGACUGAGACUGAGCUUGACGGUCCACACCAAUCCUCAUCGGGCGAAGACCAGGAACACCCUUUGGCACGACCAUCCGAUCCAGAUCCUUAUCUAAGCCUUGGUUUAGACAAGGUCCGACUUAGAAGCCGACGCGGCUCGGUGGCACCGUUGACGCCAGAAGAAAUGACAGGCGAAUACCAGCGACAAUCUCCUUCUUCAGAACCUCGUUCUGCUACCUCAUCGAGCUUUGCACUUCCAGACACUGCCGAAACCAAAGCACAUCAUACUGCACGCCCCUGGAAAAAUGCCCCACCCGGCAUCUUCCCAGAUAGCAUUUUGCUGAACAUAUUUGGGUUCCUGGAAUUCCAUCACCUGCUUCAACUUCGUGCAGUGUCUUCUCAUUGGUGUGGCAUUUUGAACAAGUCAUCGGAGCUGGUUCGGGAUUUGGACCUCAGCAUAUACAACCGUAAAGUCACCGAUGAUGCUCUUGUGAAGGUCAUUUGUCCAUUUGUUGGUGACCGGCCCCGCUCUGUGAACAUCAAUAAUUGUUUCCAUAUCACAGACGAGGGUUUCAAUGCACUAGUCAAUACUUGUGCACCUAACUCUACUACGUGGAAGAUGAAAAGUGUGUGGGAUGUCACGGCUUCAGCAAUCCUCGAAAUGUCUAGCAAGGCUACUGGUCUGCAGAACGUGGACUUGAGCAACUGUCGAAAGGUGGGCGAUACCCUCAUGGCUCGAAUCCUUGGGUGGGUUAUCCCUGGAAAUCAAAAGCCCACCGAGGGCAAAAGUGCUUCUAUCAAGCCCACCCUACAGACGGCAGACAGCUUGGUCUAUGGCUGCCCGCAAUUGAAGAAGCUCACGCUGUCAUACUGCAAACACGUUACAGACCGUUCAAUGCACCACAUUGCAUCACACGCAGCAGGUCGAAUCGAAGAAAUGGACUUGACUCGCUGCACCACGAUCACAGACCAAGGGUUCCAAUAUUGGGGAAAUGCUCGGUUCACCAACCUGCGCAAGCUCUGCUUGGCGGACUGCACCUAUUUGACGGACAAUGCAAUUGUGCAUUUAACCAAUGCUGCCAAGCAGCUACAAGAAUUGGACUUGUCAUUCUGUUGCGCAUUAUCUGAUACGGCAACAGAGGUCCUUGCCCUUCAAUGCUCACAAUUGAAGUCCCUGAACAUGUCGUUCUGUGGCUCUGCAAUCUCCGACCCCUCCCUUCGCAGUAUCGGCCUGCAUCUCCUUUCACUUCAGCAUCUAUCCGUGCGUGGUUGUGUCCGCGUUACUGGUGUAGGCGUGGAAGCUGUGUCCGAAGGCUGUCAUCAACUCGAUUCCUUCGAUGUCAGCCAAUGCAAGAACCUUCUUCCAUGGCUUGAGGACGGCGGCGCGGUGCGAUAUCAGCCACGCAUCAACUUCCAACUCGUCGCCUCCAACGGAAAGAAUUUCCGAUGA